AUGGAGGGCAUUCACAUGUUGCGGGAUUUACUGAAAAAGGACGAUUUUCUUGUAAAAAUCGACCUCAAAGAUGCGUAUCUGACGGUACCGAUUUGCAAAAAUCACCAAAAAUACCUUCGUUUUCUCUGGAAGGGCACAAUGAUGGAAUUCAGGUGUCUUCCGUUUGGGCUAGCCACAGCUCCAAGGAAAUUGCGAAAAAUUCGCAAGAAGUGUCAGGGGCUGUUGGAUCAAGGCUCAAUUUCAGUUCGCGAAUUGUCAAAAUUCCUAGGCCUCCUGACCUCAUCCAUUCAAGCGAUAUUUCCAGCCCCUAUCCAUUACAGACAUCUUCAGAGGUUAAAGAAUAUAACUUUAUCCUCCCAAAAAACCUACGAGGCCUUGGUUGCCUUAGAUCUCCCGGCCAGAGAAGAAAUUCUUUGGUGGAGAAACCAUCUCCAUGCAUGGAACGGCCGGGCUCUGUUUCAGGACAAUGUGGACCUCAUAAUAGAGACCGAUGCCUCGCAGAAGGGAUGGGGAGCAUAUUGCGAAGGUGUGAGAACAGGGGGCCCUUGGUCCUUCAAAGAAAAGAAAUAUCACAUCAACUGUCUCGAACUCCUAGCAGGUUCUUUGGCGAUCAAAACGUUCACCAAAUCCAGAGUUUGUGCUCAUGUAAGACUGUUGAUGGACAACGCAUCAGCAGUUGCUUACAUAAACAAGAUGGGAGGUACCCAUUCCCAAGCUCUCGCCAAUUUAGCAAUAGAUCUUUGGGAGUGGUGCUUCCAAAAUCAGUUGGUGGUGUCUGCUCAGCAUCUACCCGGAUACUUGAAUGUGAGGGCAGAUCAGGAGUCCAGAGUGAUUCAGGACUCCAGCGAUUGGAAGCUGGACCCAUCAGUUUUUCAAAUACUCUUAACCUAA